UACCUUCUCAGUUUCAGCAGAUCUUGCAUUGCAUCGUUUUCACAUAAAAAUGAAUAAUAUAGGUGAUAACAAGAUAAGAUAACAUUAAACAGUUUAGUAAUAGACGACAAUGUGGUCACUUAAUAUAACAUUACUUUUGCUUCUUAUUAUUUUUAGCACCUCGUGUUCUAGUCAAGAAAUUAACAAAAAAAUAUGUUCGACAACGCCUGAUAGUAGUUCUUGUCAACAAAUAGCUAGAGAUUUGGAAGUUGCAUGUAAUUACAAUAAACAUAGCGUUGACUGUCUUUUAAAUAUACAAAGCAACAAAACCCACCUCGGCAAAAUCACGGGUGAUGAGGCUUUGCUAGGAGCCGGAGCUGAUCUUUUGUCUGAAGAUGUAGUUGUUUUGGGAAAAAUUACAAGUCAUCACCCAUCUUCAGAAACAGUUGUCAUUAUUAAAAGCGACGUUGCUCCCAAUAUUGCGAGUUUGGAAGGCAAAAGUUUAUGUCAUCCAGGAUAUAAGCACGAUUCGAGUUUCUCUCAUUCUAUGCUACAAGAGUUAGAAAACAAAAUUAUUGAAAUAAACCCUCCCGAAUGUCGUGAUGAUGUCACAUUGCUGGAAAGACACAUAAAAAAGCUCAGUGAAUUUUUUGGGGCCUCAUGUAGACCCGGACCAUGGACACAGAAUGAUGAAUUUGAUAAAACUUUGAAGACAAAAUAUCCUUCUUUGUGCAAGCUUUGCACCACCGAAACUUGUGAGGAAAAUUAUUCACAACCCUUUAAUGAUUCGCUCAAGUGCUUACUCAAAAAAAAUGCAGAUGUAGCGGUUUCAACUUUACAAGAAGCACAACUAUUUUUUGCAAACAGUGAUAACUCCAACAAGUACAAAUAUUUAUGCAAAGAUGGUAGUGUUAGGUCAUCUGACUCACAUUGUACUUGGACGAAAAAACUUCCUGAUCUUAUAGUUGCAAACAGGCUUUUGGCUGGUGAAAUGAAAAAAUAUCUACAAAAUAAUUUAGGAUCCCACAUAACUUAUAACUUAACUCAAGCAAAUACGUUUAAAAGCAAUUUCGAAGAAGAUUUAGUGGUGUUACUUGAGCUUCAGUAUGGUCGAAAAAUAACAUUUUUAGAAAAUAACGGAUUUUUAAGUCUGAAAAAUUAUGUUAACGAUUUCACCACAGUUCCUGAUGCUAAAACAUUCAAACAAUGUGAUCGUACUUUAAAAUGGUGCACCUUCUCCAAUGUGGAAACAGAAAAAUGUAAAUGGUUAUCGCAAGCUGCUGUCAAUUGGGGAAUACAGCCAGUUGUUGAAUGUAUUAGGAGUGAUGGAGACGACGAAUUGUCAUGUUUAGAUGACAUUAAAAAGGGGGAUGCUGACAUCGUCGUUGCUUCCUCUGAUUACGCUUACAUAUCUUUAAAGAAAGGACUGACAAGUGUAGCGUUUCCAGAAACAGACACAAGGAAUUUAUCACAAAUAUUUAUUGUUAAAAGAGUAGACGAUGCAUCAAUCAAGUCUUUUAGUGACUUGAAAGGAAAAUCUGCUUGUAUUCCACAAUUUGGAGGAAAAGAACACUUGGCUUUAAUUGAUACUACACGAAGACUUGGAAUAACCGACAAGACAGAGUGCGAUUAUGGCCAAGUAUUAAAUAAUUUUAUUGGGGACUCUUGUGUCCCUGGAGUGCGAUCCUCACUCAUAAAAGAAUCUACAGAAUGCGUUGAUAAGGAUAAAAUGUGUAAGCAAUGCAGAUCCGUAAAUGUAACUAAAACUGCAGAAUAUUGCAACGCUGACGAGAUUAAUGCCUAUUUUGGUAGUCAAGGUUCUGUCAAUUGCCUUUUGAUGAAUUAUGGAGAUUUUGCCGUAGUUUCGAAAAAAAGUGUAUUAAAUGAUACAAAUCUUAGAGCUCUGUGUAAAAAUAACUCUUUAGCAGCAACGAAUGGUUUAGACGUUGACGAUGAUUGUGCAUUGGUUGUACUUGCCAGUAGUGAAGUUGUUUUAAAAAACGAUACCAACAAAAAAAGUGAUAUACAAUUAGCACUGUAUGAAUUCGAAAGGUGGUUUGGUCAAAACCCAAAGAAACCGUUUCACUUGUUCGACAAAUUUGACAAUAAACCAGACCUUUUGUUUUUGGAUUCUACGCCCGGAUUAAACUUUGAAGGAAAUUUGCAUUAUAUUAAGGAAUACAAGGAGUUACUAGAUAAUGUGCUUAAGUGUAACACAAGCGCUGCACCAAAUAUGACAUUUUCGACAUCUUUUAUUAUUAGUUUCUUUUUAUUGACAUUGUGUUUUACUUUUUAAUAAUUGUAACAAUGUACCUAUAACGACUCUAUUUUACAAUUAUGUACUGUUGAGGACGUAGAAAACUAAGACACUGACAAAUCCAAAAUUUUGUCGUAAAAUAUACCCUGAAAUUGCAGAUUCUAAAAUGUUAUUUAAAUAAUAGGUACGAGUAGAGUUACUCCCAAAUAAUGAACUUAAAUUAUGUAGACAGAAAUUAUUAAUAUUUUAUUGCAACACUAUCCGAAUCUGCAAAAUUGAAUUAAAUUGAACCUAUAAGUACACUUUACAAAUUUUUAAAAUAGCAAAUGGAAUGUCUUAGUUUUUAAGGACCGCAACUGUUCUCAUAUCAUUUUUGAUAACGACUAAUUAUAGCUACUGAACUACAUGAACAUAUUUACCUAUUAAAAUUAACAUAAAAUUAUGUACGUACUUAAAUAAAUAAAAUUCAUUAUAUUAAAUUACGUACUUAAUAUAAUGUUAAGUACAGCGUGAUCAUUUAGGACUGUUUAAGUUGGCAAAAGAUUUGAUAGUAUUUUUGUUAAUAAUUUGUAACAUUGCAACCGAAUACCGUUUUGUUUUACAAAUACUUGACGUACACCCCCUCAAGAUUAUUAAAUUUUUGUUAAUCCCUUUAAAAAUUAAAGUCAGGAUUGUCAACACAUUCAUUCAUUCUUGAUCACUUUGAUAUUGAUACUUUUUAAUAACAUUAGGAAAUUUGAAUUUUAAUAAGGAAAAAAUGUGUAAUUUAAACUUUAAGUGUGUACCACGGCGCACAAGAAAAGGGACAUCAGUUUUUUGACACUUUUUCAAAAUUUGUAGAGCAGGCAAAUUCAAAACCAUCAAUCAAUGUAAAGUUGCAAUUAAUUACAAGGAUUCUUUAGGUAAGAAUACAUUUAUUAAUGUCAACAGAAUGACUCCCAUUUUUUUGUCCGUAAUGGUACAUUUAGUUAUCUAAUUUAAAAUGACCUAUGACAGGGUGUCAAAGUAAUAAUUAGAAAACGUGUUUUCUUGUUAUCGAGUUUAAAGUGUAGCAUUUGUUUUGAACGUUUAGAGAAUAAAUAUUUUGCCUCAAAAAUGUGUUUUCAAAUUCAAUCCACUUUGUGAGAUUUUAAUGAAAACGGAAACAGAAAACGUGGUAAAGCAAACGAACUUUAAAACCAUAAUCUUAUCUUAGGCUAACUUAAUGUCUUUAAAUGGCAAAAGAGGUGAAACUGAGUUUUUCGAAGCUAUUUUUUCUGAAUUCAAAAAUAUAUAUCUUAUUUUUCAUCAGAAAUUAUGACAUCUAAUAGGAUUUUAGUGAGGUUAAUUACAAAGGAUAAGUGUAAAAAUUUAAUCGAGACAACUGGAAUACAUUUUAGAGUACA